AUGGAUAAGGAUAAGCUUGUCCAGUUGCUGCAGGCCAGCCAAGUUCCCGACACGGAACAGGUCAAGGCCGUCACAGCUGACCUCCAGAAGAACUACUACUCCAAGCCCGAGUCACUUCUGCUCCUCGUCGAGAUUACCCUCACCCAUGGCGAUGCUCCCAUCCGACAGCUCGCCUCGGUCCAGGCUGCCCGCAUUGCUAUCAAGCACUGGGACAGUGUACCCGACGACAAGAAGUCGCUGUGCCGCACCCACCUCCUCGAGGGCUCUCUCAAGGAGUCCUCUGCUGCCAACCGUCACUCGCUUGCUCGCUUGAUUGCGGACCUUGUCACCCUGGACAUGGAGAACCAGCAGGGCGAGGAAUUCCUGCAGCAGAUUAUUCCCCUCACCAACCAUGACAACGUUGUGGCCCGCGAGGUUGGCUCGUACCUCAUUUAUGCUAUGCUCGAGAACGACCCUGUUCACUUCAGCGACCACACACACCAGCUGCUGCAGUUGUUCCACUCUCGUAUCGAGGAUCCGGACAGCAAGGAGGUCCGCAUCAACAUCGUCCGCGGUAUCGGUGCUAUCCUCAACAACAUCGUUCCCGAAGAAGACCCCAAGGCUGUGGAGGCUGUCGCCAGCUUCCUACCCAGCAUGGUCAACAUUCUGAAGGCUACUGUUGAGGCUGAAGAUGAAGAGAGCUACAAGGUUGUCUUCGAAGUCUUCCACAGCUUCAUUGCUUACGACUCUGCUCUAUUCGGCUCCCACCUCCAGGAGCUUCUCCAGUUUAUGAUGGACCUCGCCGGCAACAAGCAGGCCGAAGAUGACGCUCGCUCACAGGCUGUUGCCUUCCUCAUUCAAGCCGUCCACUUCCGCCCUCGCAAGCUACAGGCUAUGAACGAUAUUCCGUCCCGAAUGAUGGUUGGCGCCAUGCACAUCAUUGCCGAACUUGAUGACGACGACGACGAUGAGGACAUGUCCCCAGCCAGAUCUGCUAUCGGUCUUGUUGAUGAGUUGGCCAACUCUCUUCCGCCCCGCCAGGUCAUUGUCCCUCUCCUGGAGCAGUUCCCCACCUUUGCAACCAGCCCAGACCCUACUUACAGAAUGUCGGCUAUGCUCUCUCUGGGCAACGCCGCUGCUGGUGCCCCCGACUUCAUCUCAACCCAGCUCGAGCCACUCCUGCCUGCCAUCGUCAACCUUCUCGUUGACAAUGAGCUCAAGGUCCGCCACGCUGCCCUUGUUGGUCUCAUCCACCUCGCUGAGGAGAUGGUCGAUGAGAUGGCUUCUCACCACGAGCAGAUUCUCUCCGCGGUGCUCAAGAACCUUGAGGCUGCUUCUCAGGCUGGCAAUGACAAGAAGAAUGUCGCCAUCAUUCGUUGCGCUUGUGGUGCCCUCGAUACCUUCGGCGAUGGUAUUGAGAACAAGGUCAUGGCCCAAUACGGUCCGAACCUCAUUGCGCCCAUGGUCAAGCUUCUGGGUCACGAGGACUUUGGCGUUCGCGCGGGCGCUGCUUCUGCCCUUGGUGCCAUUUCCUCGUCCAUGGAGAGUGGCUUCAAGCCUUACUUUGACGAAGUUAUGAAGGCACUCGGCAAGUUCGUCAUGAUCAAGGACAGCGAGGAGGAGAUGAACCUUCGCAGUGCCACUUGUGACAGCUUAGGCCGCAUUGCUACUGCUGUUGGCGCUGAAGCUUUCCAACCCUACGUCAUGGAUCUCAUGAAGGCUAGCGAGGAGGCCCUUCACCUCGAUAACCCCAGACUCAAGGAGACCAGCUUCAUUCUCUGGUCCAGCCUUUCCAAGGUCUACCAGGACCAGUUCAGCCACUUCCUGGACGGCGUCUUCAGUGGCCUUUUUGCCUCGCUCGACCUUGAGGAAGAAGAGAUUGAUCUUCCCGGUAUCGAUGCGAGCCAGCUCGGCGACGGCUCGCUUGUCGUGGGUGGCAAGAAGAUCAAAAUCAAGGCCAACUCGAGUGAGGACGAUGUUGCCAUUGCUACUGGUGGUGCUGAGGAGGAUGACUGGGCUGACCUGGAGGACUUUGAGGGUUUUGGGGCGGUUACUGCCGUUGCUCUGGAGCAGGAGAUUGCUCUCGAUGUGCUCGGUGACGUGAUCGCCAACUCCUGCAACAGCAACAAUCUCGAGACAUACACUGAAAAGACGAUCGAGAAGAUCACGCCUUUCGCUGAACACACAUACGAAGGCUGCCGAAAGUCUGCUAUCUCUACGCUCUGGAGAAUCUACACUCGUGUCUUCCAAGUUUGGGAGACCGGUGCCGGCAUCAAGUGGGAACCUGGCAUGCCUCCUAAGCACACACCACCUGCUUCCAUUGUCAGCAUCGGCCAAGCCCUCCAGCAGGCUACCAACAACCUCUGGUCUGAAGACAGCGAACGGAGCGUCAUUACCGAUAUCAACCGCAACGUUGCUGCUGCUCUUAAGGCUUGUGGCCCCGCUGUUCUCGCCUCCAACUCAGAGAUGCUUCAGGAGAUGGUCUCUGUCAUUACUCUGAUCAUUACUCGCUCGCACCCUUGCCAGCAGGAUCUCGGUGACGAGGAAGGUGACCAGGAUAUCGAUGCUGGUUCGUCAGAAUAUGACUGGCUUGUUGUUGAUACUGCUCUUGAUGUCGUUGUGGGCCUCGCUACUGCCCUCGGUCCCUCCUUCGCUGAGCUCUGGAAGAUCUUUGAGAAGCCAAUUUUCAAGCUUGCGAGCUCCACUGAGGACCUUCACCGCUCUACUGCCGUCGGCACUAUUGCUGAGGUUCUCAAGCACGCUGGUGAGGCCAUGACCCCCUUCACCGCAUCACUCGGCCAGACUCUUGGCCGUCGUCUCACGGAUCCUGAUGCGCUCGCCAAGUCUAACGCUGCUUACGCUAUUGGUCUUCUCAUCUACACAUCUGCCGACACAUCCAAGACCUUCCCUCUGUACCCUCAGAUCUGGGAGAAGCUUGAGCCCCUCAUCGCUGUCAGUGAGAUGCGUCUUACUGACAACGUUGCUGGUGCUCUCUGCCGCAUGAUGAUGAAGAACCCCGAUGCUGGUUUCGUCAGCGAGGCUUUGCCUGCUGUUGUCAACAUCCUGCCCCUUGUGGAGGACUAUGAGGAGAAUGAGCCCAUCUAUAAGUGCAUCUACAACUUGUACGAGCAGGCCAACCCCACUGUCGAGCGGCUUACCCCCCAGCUUCUUGCCAUCUUUGAGAAGGUUCUGUCGCCUCCUGAAGAGCAGCUCGAGCCUAGCAGCCGUGAGAUUCUGCAGCGCGUCGUUAGUAUUCUUUACAAGGCUCAGCCCAACCUCCUUGCCAACCACGCCGGCUUGCUGAAGCUUGCUGGUCUGCAAUAA